CAUCAAUGUCUCAACUUUCGACUUUCAUGUUCUUCUCCUUCCUUGUCGUCUUCGUCCUCGUCUCCUUCUCGCCUGUUUCCUAUGGGUACGAUCCACUGGAUCCCAAUGGAAACAUCACAAUCACAUGGGAUUUCCUGGCAGAUAAUGGGGACACUUACGACGUAAGGGUAUGGAUAUAUAAUUGGCAACUAUACCGACACGUGGAGAAGCCGGGUUGGAGGCUAAGUUGGGCAUGGAGAGGUGAUGAGGUAAUAUGGAGCAUGUCAGGAGCAGAGACAACAGAGCAAGGGAACUGUUCAAGGUUUAAGGGACAAGAAAAGCCACAUUGUUGUGAGAAGCAACCAACCAUCAUUGAUCUUAUGCCUGGCACACCUUAUAACAAGCAAGUUCCCAAUUGUUGCAAACAAGGCAUCCUAUCAUCUCUCACUCAAGAUCCCUCACAAGUCACUUCCAUGUUUCAGAUGAAUUUUAAUAAACCCUCUGUCCUAAACCCUAGCAACAUCACCGUGCCUGCUAAUUUCAGCCUUGGAAUCCCCGGAUACUCUUGUAGUGAUCCUACUCAGGUCCCUCCUAGCAAGUUCACCACUGAUGGUCGUCGAUGGACACAAGUUCUUGAAACAUGGAAUGUGACUUGUAUAUACUCUCAAUUCUUAUCAGCAUCAGCCCCAAAAUGUUGCGUGUCAUUAUCUGCUUUCUACAGUGAUACCAUUGUUCCUUGCCCUAAAUGCAGCUGUAAUUGCCAAGGUCUACCUGGAGCAAACUGUGUCAAUUCUGAUAAAGCUCCUUCAUUGUUGAAAUUGCCACAAGAUGAUAGCAGCACACAAGAGACAGAACCAGUGGUGAGGUGUUCACAGCACAUGUGCCCUAUUAGGAUUCACUGGCAUGUGAAGCAGAGCUAUACAAAGUAUUGGAGGGUGAAGGUCACAAUCACAAAUUAUAACUUUGUUAAGAACUAUUCUCAGUGGAAUCUUGUGCUCUUACACCCUAACUUGCAGAGUUUAACACAAGUCUUCAGCUUCAACUAUCAACCUCUCAGAAUUUUUGGGGAUAUCAAUGAUACAGUGAUGUUCUGGGGGAUAAAGUAUUACAAUGACAUGUUGCUGACACAUGGGGAGAAUGGGAAUGUACAGACAGAGAUGCUACUUCACAAAGAUGCUGGAAUCUUCACCUUCACAGGAGGAUGGGGUUUUCCCAGAACUGUUUUAUUUAAUGGAGAUGAAUGUGUUAUGCCCAGUCCUGAUAAUUACCCUACCCUGCCCAAUAUUGCUGCUUUUCACUCGUCUUCUUCUUCUUUCCUGCUUUUCGUAUCUUUUAUCCUCUCAAUGUUGUUACGGUGAAUCACCAGAACUGAUCAGUAUACAUAGUCAUUCAUAGGCUUCUGAGAUUAAUUUCUAUGCAGAAUGAUUAUACUAGUUAGUUAUAUUUGUUAGCCACAUCAGAAUGUUAGAUUAAUCUCUCCAUUCAUAAUGCCAUUAUUAUUCUCG